AUGUCUGCCCGAAAGAAGCCGGCUGUGUUCACUAAGUUCGCGCUACUAACACGUGGUGGUAGAAUUUUAGCUUUGAUCCCUACUGAAAAUGCACUUUCUGAUGAUGGUAAUGCAUCUGACGUCGAUGAUGAAUUAUUGGGCGCUCAAAUUUCGCAUUCAGACUCAUCUUCCCCAGCCCCAUCUAUUGCGAGUUCCUUAGAAAGACUGAAUAUAUUAGAUUCCGAUGAUGAAACCUCAAGCGAUGAGAAUGUUCGGCUUACACCUGUAUUCCAAGAAGUAUACCCGAAUCCAUCACUUGAGCCCGAUUGCAGCAAUAUUCCGAUAAUAAGUGACAUUCCAACCCCUGCCACGCCUGCAACUCCUGCCACGCCUGCUACUCUAAAUCCUGCAUCUCAUGUCGCUUCUGCAUCACAAGCUUCGCCUGCACAACCUUCAGUGUCCAUACCUAGCACCCCCACUACAUCCUCUGCAUUACCAACUAGAAAAACGCGAUCGAAAAGGCCGACGAUUCCUGUUGCUAAACGGUCACGCAGAAUCCAAAAGUUCGUUCUGUGCUAUAAGUGGAAAAGGGCUGCUGUUUUUCGACGCAAAGGAACUGUGGAAGAUAUACCAGAAAUCGAUUCUCAGACACUAACUAUUCCUUUGGACUAUUUUUACAAGUUUUUUUCCCAAGAUGUUAUAACUGACAUUGUAGAACAAACAAAUGCGUAUUCAGUGGAAAAAACCGGACGGUCGAUUGAAUUAGUUGAAGACGAACUUCGAGAUUUUCUGGCUAUUCACAUUAUCAUGGGGGUCGUGUCCAUGCCUUCAUAUACAGACUAUUGGAGUCUGCAAUAUAGAUUCAGUUUAGUUGCAGAUCUAAUGCCCAUAAAAAGGUACCAAAAAAUUCGAAGAUACCUUCAUUUCGUCGACAAUAGCACUGAUAAUAGUGACAGAUAUCACAAGGUUGGGCCCAUAGUUGAAAAAAUAAGAGCAUAUUGUUUAGCUCAAGAAGUCGAGACCAAGUUCAGCAUCGACGAAAUGAUGAUACCUUACAAAGGGACUAAGGCCGGCAAGAGACGCCAAUAUAUGAAAGACAAACCCAAUAAAUGGGGGUUCAAAAACUAUGUCAGAGCUGGAGUAUCAGGUAUGAUCUACGAUUUUAUUCUGUACGGAGGAGAGGACACUUUCAGGUUCCAUAAUUUCUAUGAGUAG